UUCUGCGUCACAUGUUGUCAGAAGUUCGAGUCAGUCCAAGUCAUAAACAAAAAAAGUACAGAUCAUUAUGCCAAACUUGAUCUUUGCUUAAUAAGCUUUUUUUAAAGUCUUUAUGGUUGAUUCUGUAACAUUAAAUAAGACAGAGUUGGAUUCUGAAUCAAUAAAAACUGACAGUGAAACGAUUUCAGAUCAUGUUGAAAAAUCAUUUUUACCUGAAAGUACACAAAAAACUUCCAUGGCUUCUCGAAAUCCCCAAACAACGUUACAGAAUGAAGAUGAAUUAACAAAUGUCGAAAAGAUUUGUAAUCAAACCAUUUUAAAAUCCAACGAUGAAAACACCCAUUUAACCGAUCCUCAAACAUAUAAUAAAUUUCAUAAUGACGGUUCGUUUCUUUCUUUGAUUCUCGCCGAAAACAAUUCCAAAAAUAAUAAUGAGACAAAAUUAUCGGAAAAAUCGAACGUUUGUGCACAAACUAAAAGAACUACAGGAGCAUCUUCUAAACUAGCAUCAGGGAAGAGACAUAAAAAUUCGAGUGAAUGUAUUGAAAAGCCUAUAACAGAAUCUUUAUCUCAAGUAGUAGAAGAUGAUAUUGAUAUUCAAGCACGUGAAGAAUUUUUAAGAACCAUGAAAAUCAUGGAAGAAGCUGGUCUUGUAACCGAGAAAGGCAUCGGAGCUGGAAUGGUUAAAUGAAAUAAUUUGCCGGGUUUUAAUGGUUUUUUGGUAAAAACUUCAAUUUAACAAAAAAUUAGUUUCACGUUUCUCUUUUUUUUUUUUUAUUGGAAAUGAUAGUCACAUUAUGAAUCAUUUCAUACAUGUUUGACUUUUAUACACCUUUGCUUUGAAUUUGUUAUAUUUUUUCACAAUAACCUUUCA